ACAGACAGAAAGUCAUAUAGAUAGAUUAGAAAUAGUACAUAGAAGGGAAGCUUGAAGCUCAGGGGAUUUGGGGAGUUUCAAUUAGAAUUUUGACAGUUGUAGUCUUCAAUGUUAAAGAACCAGGUCUAUGGGAUUUUUUUUUUAAUCUUCAUUUUGAUAAAUGUAAGUUGGAUCAGUCUAAAAAAAAAGAGCAAGCAACCUAAGUCAGAACAGUCUGAAGAUCUGGGCUGAGUUUGGUGGUUCUAGAAUAGAUUUUUCUUUUGAUUAAGAACACUGUUAUAUAGAUGGCAUCUUAAUAAAUCUCUAUUGCAAAUCUAGCAUUUCAACAAAGAACUAAAGAGCAAAAGAAAAUCUUUACUAAUAGUUAUUAGUAGUAGAAUUCAUAGUAGUUUUGUUACCUUUAUCAAUUUUCAAUUUAAAAGUCAAUUUAAUUAAUUGAACAUUUAAUAUUGGGGGUAAUAUAUAUAAGCAAUAGUAACUUUUCCUGGUAAUUAGUUACUUUUUAAUAAUGUAGUAACUAUUACUAAUUUCUUUUUAAGUAAUGUGCCCAACACAGAUCCUAAAAGUGCUUUAUUUCCUUAAAUACAUGUCUGUGUAAACUAUACAAUGGGAAAAACAUACUGUAAUGCUGUUGAGUCAGAGGAUAAACCACGGUCAGCACGACAGUAAUAGAACUGAUUCAUUGUAAGUAGCUGUGCAUUUCUAUAUAUAUGAGAUGAGAUAUUUUGGAGAUUUUAAUGUUAUUAAUCACCGGGUCACAGGAUUGUGAUGUAAAUCACUGAUCUGUAUAAAUGAGGGGAGUGAGGUGUUAGAUCAUUCAGCCAGAUCUUCAAACCAUCAUGAAGUCUUUCGUUUUCCUUGUAUUUCUCUACACAGUAUCUGCUGAAAACCAAAUCAAAAUUGUUGGUGGCUAUGAAUGUGAGCCUCAUUCCCAGCCCUGGAUGGCAUUUCUUAAAGCAAAUUUUCACAAAUGUGGUGGAUUCCUGAUCAAUCAGAACUGGAUCAUGUCGGCCGCCCACUGCUAUGACUCCCACAUCGAGGUUCGUCUGGGUAAACACAACAUUGCUGAGGAUGAAAGCAGCGAGCAGUCCAUUCUGUCCGAGCGUGCCAUCCGUCACCCGAAGUUUGACUCCUCAACCCUUGACAAUGACAUCAUGCUGAUCAAGUUGAGCAAACCCGUGACUCUCAAUAAGUAUGUGAAGCCUUUAAACCUGCCCAAAAGCUGUGCUCCUCCAGACACCGCAUGCAGAGUCUCUGGCUGGGGAAUCACCAUGAACGACAUGGUUGAUUCUGACAAGCUGCAGUGUCUGAAUCUUUCCAUCAUUUCUGAUCAUGAUUGUAAUAAGUCCUACCCUGGCUUAAUCACUGACUCUAUGUUCUGUGCUGGAUAUCUUGAGGGAGGAAAGGGCGUUUGCCAGGUAACCGAUGGUAGACACAGUACUACGUUUCAAUGCAUUAAACCAAACACAGACAUUACAUUCGUUAUUGGUCUGCAUACAUGCUUACUGUUAAAAAUAAAUAAAAUAAAAAUAUUUGUCCUUAUUCUCAUCACACUCAGGGUGACUCAGGUGGUCCUAUGGUGUGUAACGGUGAAAUACAUGGCAUUGUGUCAGCAGGUGGCCGGUGUUCUGCAAAAGAUCAGCCUGCUAUCUUUACCAAGGUCUGCCUGUUUAACUCCUGGAUUACUGAGACUAUAAACACAUACUAAUACUGAAUCCAGUUUUAUUUAACAUACAUUGUUUAAAACCAUGUUUUUUUGUGUGCAAAAUAAAAUCUUUUGACAAAUUAUGUUCAUAAAUCUUGUUUCCUCUAAUUAAAACCUAAUGAAUGGUAAUCUGCAUAAGUAUGAGGGUGAAGCGACUUGGAAACACUUUAGAACACCAUUCCAUCAUUAAUGAAUAACUACAAAAGAACAGUAUUAGCACUUUAGAAAUUACUAUUAAUGCUGGACACCCACUAAAAGAUGUGUAAAUUUGAGAAAUGUGAGAGACUAUUUGGGGGUGGUGUAACGUCUCUGGACUCUUUUGAUUUAUUGUUUUUGUCUCGUGCCUUGUGCUCUCUGUGCCCUACCUUCCCUUCAUGUUAAUUGUAUUAUUGUUUUCACCUGC